AUGGAGCAGGUUAGCGAAUGUCUCGGUGGAGCAAAGAAACAAAAUUUCGAUCAUUUCCUUCUGCUUGACUUCGAGGCUACAUGCGAAGAAGGCAGGAAGAUUCUGCCACAUCAGGAGAUAAUUGAAUUCCCUGUCAUACAUUUGUGUGGGAAAAGCUUUGAAGAAGUUGGUCGGUUUCAUCGAUACGUAAGACCUACGGAACGCCCCAUUUUAACAUCAUUUUGCACUGAACUGACUGGGAUCGUGCAGGAUGUAGUUGCAAAGCAGGAAACUCUUCCAGAAGUCUUGGUUGCAUUCCAUAAAUGGCUUGUUGACUCAAAUUUAAUUGAUGACGAUAUUUCGAUGAAAUCGCGAUUCACUUUCAUAACGUGUGGCGAUUGGGACCUUGGUGUAAUCUUGCCAGAAGAAGCGAGAUAUCGCAAGUUACGAUUGCCCGAGUACUUCAAAAGUUGGAUCAAUUUGAAGAAAGCGUUUUGUAAAGCGCGGGGUUAUUUUGCCAAAUCCAUGACUGUUAUGCUUCAUGAUUUGGAACUGAAACAUUUGGCAUGUUUUUUUCUGGCAAUGUUUUGCUUUUAUUUGCGCUCUUUUUCUGAUUGCAUGAACUGGAUCGGGCGACUUCACAGUGGAAUAGAUGACGUAAGGAAUAUGUGCCAAAUUGCAAGAAGCCUUGCGAGAAGUGGUUAUAUUUUUCAAGAAACGUCAGUUUACGUUGAUGGGAAACAGUGCUUUGAAAAUAUUUCAUGUGUUUGAAA